ACACCUGGACCUGGCACGUCAUUUCGACGACCCAAACAAAAUACAACCUCUGCACAGUGCACGCACAAUUUUUUGGGUUUUCUAUUUUUACAUUGUCUUAAAAUAUAAUUUUUUAACAAUAAUAAAAAACAUUUCCAACUUGAAUAAUAUCUAGCAUUUUUCGAAAACUAUGCAUUCCGUUGUUUUAUUCUCGUGGUGACGACUGACGGUGACUGGUAUAGGCGGUUGGGUUCCUAUUAUUGUUCUUUGAUCGAGGUUAUUGGCGCGGGACGAGAUUUAGAAUUAUAGCUACUCUCGGACAUCUCUUGCAAUUUGUUCAGAGUACUCUCGCAUGGACGGGGUGAAUAAUUAUUAUGCACUUUAUUAUUAGCAUAAACAAUAGGCAAUAAUUCUGUUUAGUUCUCUCUUCCUAUCGCAGGCAGUUCUAGAACGUGCUGUGAAAAAGAGAAUUAUUGUUGAAAACAAUGCCCGAGAGGCGACUUUUCAAUGUUAUUUUAUCGAAAGAACAACAUACAUUUGUACAUUUUGAGUUUUUUGAACGCAGUGCUUAUGAUCUUGUAUCUCUGCAGAAUAAAAAGCUAAAAGUUGAAAAAACUGAAUGAAGUGCUGCAGCCAGCAAAGGGACACUCGUCAUAGGCACACGAACGCCUUUGGCACAUUAGUUGUGAUCAUCCAUAUCUUGAGUUUAAAUCAAAUGCACCAGGCGCGAAAACGAACAACGAACAGAUGACAAACAAGCGAACCGUUUUCAUAGUCGUAGCACUGGUCACUCUUGUUGUGAUAGUUGCUGGUGCUAACUUCUACUUCAUGUACUACUUGAAUGCAGAAGAGGGAAAGCUUAGUAGUAUGAGGGCACUGGAAAAUAUGAUUCGCAGCAAGAUGCGACACCUCAAACCUGUCUAUUUGAAUCGUAAUCCAAGGUUCUUUAUGUAUCGGAAUAAGUUGCUGAGGAACUACAAGCCAGUUCCGUACGAGAAUGCAAGUAUACUCUGGGAUAUUGCCAAUUGGUGGCCCCAAGAAAACGAAGUCUAUCCAAUGUAUGACUCGUCAAUGGGACAGUUGUUGCAGUCACUUCGUCUCGAGCCAAUUACAAAAGCACAGAAUCUACCUAGAGGCACACAAUUAAAAAUACUUCUCAAAUUGGCAAAUCAACAGAAAAUCAUAUUCAAGCCACAAUGGUACGAUAGGGAUGUUGUCAUUGAUGGGCCUGUGUAUGGUGGCAAGGAUCGGCACACUGCCGAGGUGUAUGCCUUUUAUUUGGGAGCAGUACUCAACUUCCGAUGGACACCUAUUGCAGUGGGGCGAAAAAUAAAUUUGAAAGAAAUGUACGAAAAAGCUGACUCGGAACUCAGACAUACCAUGACUAUCACAGAAGGCGAAAACUCAACGGAAUAUUGUGUAUUUGGUAAAUGUCACUAUUGCAACGAAGAUGAAACUGUGUGUGGCGACGAAAACAACAUUAUCGAAGGUGUUCUCUUAUAUCUUAUUCCUGGAUCCUUGGCUAAAAAACGUUCACCAUGGCAACGAACUUAUAAAGACGGUGUCAGAGCCCCAUGGGAAGAUGAUAUGAAUUAUUGCAAAUCACUCAAAAAUAAACUGGAAACAACAAGACUAUUAGACCUAAUCGAUGUGGCCAUAUUCGAUUAUUUGAUACAAAAUGGAGAUAGACAUCAUUAUGAGACUCGUGAGGAUCGUAUUGUUCUUAUCGACAAUGGAAAAGCAUUUGGAAAUCCCAAUAAAGAUUUUCUCGAUAUAUUAGCUCCACUGUACCAAUGUUGCAUGUUACGGAAAACAACAUGGGAUAGGUUACAAGUUUUCUCUGGAGGUGUAUUAACAGAUCUCAUUGAUCGUCUAAGUAAACCAGAUCCACUUCAUCCGCUAAUCACGGAUAAACACAAACGGGGCGUGGAACGGCGUUUACUGGUGGUGUAUGCUGUUGUUGAAUACUGUAUGGAUAUUUACGACGAUAAGAUGUUUAAGACGUAAAUUAAGUCAAAGUAUGUAGGUCAUCCGAAAAUGUUAUGGUAUUAAAUUACAUUUUAAACGAA